UCCUCGAGCACAUCCAGCUAUUUUUUCUGGAGUAUUUGGCAUUGGUUGCUGUGUUGUGGAGGUGGAAACUCUUGGUGCCUUGUUGCCUGACCGACAUUAUAGUCUUCGCCUACUGUGAGGCUGUACACUUGACUUCGGAUAAGAUAAAACGCCAGCCGCCCCUCGAACGCUCUCGUCACUCUCAACGCGUCGUGAUCUCAUUUCAGCCUUAUCAGAUAUUGCGCAAAUGCCACUGCUGCCAAAUAUCCCGUCAGACCGUGUUCACAGCGGCUGGUGGCGGAAUCUCACAGCACCUGCGUACCGACAGUAUCUCUGGUCCGCGACGAAUGUGGAGGCCGUGAUCAUUCUGGGGAUACUGGGGAUACUGGGAACCAUUGCUGGCGACAAACUCUGGCCUAUUAUGCGGCAUUAUCUUCAGCCUAACAUUCAGCUCCCGGACCCGGAGAAUCUGAGGCUUAAGCUGUCGAGGAUGGAUGCAAUAAAAGCCUUUUGGGCAAAGAUGAAAGGCUUGAGCAGAAGACAUCGCCAGGCACUACGCCCAGUGGACACGACCAUCGAGUUACGAUUCGGCCUUUUUGCAAUACUCAACAUCGUCAGCUUUCUCAUUCUAGGCAUCUUCAUUCCGUUCCUCCUCGCUGAAGGUCUGCAAGGAGAGGCCAUUGUCCUAGCCAGGAAAGAUCUCCAGGGCAGCUACUCCAAUCUCCGUAACAGCGCCGCAUUCGACAAAGGAGUGCGUGAACGAACCAGCGACGACUUCCGAACAUGCGUGACCGAUAGUCGAAACUGGAGUCAAACGGCUUAUUGCGCAGACCUUCGCAAGACGCUCCCGUCGUACACAACAGAGAAUAUGGACUUGAGAGAUCCUGUCUUUGCCGAAUUGCCGUAUCAAUUUCUGGUCGAAAAGGGAGAUACUAAUUAUAAAGCAUUGAGACUGGGUCGAAAUAUUACUUUCCAAGAUGCUGGCUUUAACGUGAAGCCAGGAGGAAAGAAGCUCCUCCAUGAAUUGACUUGCGUUCCUGUAUCUCUGGAUCCUUUUAUUACAUAUGUCAACGGGUCUUUCGAAGAGAAUAACCGAGUCAGUAAACGGUUUGUCAACGGAGCCUUCGAACUCAGAGUCCCGGACUUGCUCCCCUCGGCCCUUGAACAGGGGCAGGGGUUAAUGUUUGAUGUUGUCCUUCACGAUAGUAUGCUUCUUGGAACCUCCAACGAUAUGGACUCCGGUCGUGAGACAUACGUAUACCCAGUAAAGACGGUGAUUAAUCACGGAGACCAAGGAGCGACAUGGUUUCAAACUGAUGUGGAUGCCACAUUGCCAUGGAUCGAGUACAAAGGAAACCCAGCGCUUGCGACGCACCUUCGGGAUGACCUAGCUGUGGGGAUGUUGUAUGGUAGUCCUACUGUAUACACAAGAUUCCGACUUCAAAAUUUUCUCCUCACAUUCAAGCCAGGACGGUCUCCAGUGCCACAAAUAACUGGAAGCCCAUCAGAUGACCCGAUAUACGGAGCCCAUCGCCACGGCUACGGAGCGGGAUAUGUUGCAGAUCGUGAAGUAUCCGCGCUUGGGUGUGCCGAAGUCUUCAAAGUAUGCUCAGAAGAUGAGUGUGUCGCGCGCCCAAUAGGGCAUUUUGAUGGUUGGCUAGACCGUUGCUACCCUGCAAUUAUGUCGGUCUGGGUGAGCGCCCAGAACGAUCCGAUAUACGCCUGGACCCGAAACUUCCUUGUCAACUCGCCAAAUCAGAGCCGACGAUGGCAGGACGACGUCGAAGAAAGAUUUGUCCGAUCGAUGCUCAGAUUCCGAUAUGCUGCGACAUAUGCAGCUGAGCAAGAUGUUGCCACAAAAGCCUUGUACCCAGAAGUUCGCUGGGAGACAUAUCCGCUGCUUUCGCUCUACCGCAAUCCCGACUAUACCAACGUCAACCUCUUGGGGUUUGCUGCCACUGCUAGCGGGUACCUGUAUAUCAUCGCUGCCAGAUACCGGCUCGCCUUGCUCUCCCCAUUAACCCUACCGCUCAAGUUUUCAGCUCGGGCUGCCAGGACGGGCCUGGAGAAGCUCAAAGCCUUCAUCGUUUUCGCGAAAUUUUGCAUCUUUGUGGUUGCUGCAAGACCGAAUACAGUUCCGUUAGACACGUUACAUUCAACGCAAGAUAACGACGAACCAGACAACCCGCCGAGGAUGGCCCGCAAUCGGAGUAAUGAAGCAACGGUUUGAGCGAUGAAUGGCAACUGGGAAACAUCAAUCUUGGAGGAGUGGACCAUGCAAUAGCCGGAGUUCGCCGUCCAACGUGGCCAAAGACGCCCGCUCUUGUCACUUGAGGAAGUGAUCUUGGCAACUGCCAUCGCCUCAAUACGGCAUGGCGAGCAGCUCUUCGAUAGCAGCUAGCCCCUACGU